AUGAUGUUGUUCAACCUGUCGAGCACACAAGUGCUCCUCUUUGCCGUUGCCGCCGCGAUUCUCUCUGUGCUGUACAAGCAGUUCCAGAACCGCGGCAAGCUCCCUCUUCCUCCUGGACCUCCUGCGGAACCAUUCCUAGGUCACCUGCGCGUUGUGCCCGCCGAUCACCCAGAGUUUGCCUAUACGCAGUGGGGCAAGGACUAUGGCUCUGACGUCCUUCACUUCUCCGUGCUCGGACGGGACAUCAUCGUUCUGAACAGCAUCGAGGCGGCCCGCGAUCUCCUUGACAAGCGCGGAGCCAACUACGGAGACCGGCCGCGAUUCGUCCUCUUCGAGGUUAUGGGAUGGGGAGUUACACUCACCUUCCUGCGGUGGUCCCCGCGCUUUAGGCUGCAUCGCAAGAUGCUUCAGCAGUCCUUCACGCAGACUGCCUGCAAAGCCUACCGCCCCAUCCAGGCUGAAGAAGCUCAGCGGGCUAUCAAGUCCAUCAUGCACGAACCUCAGAACUGGGAGGUGCUUCUUCGGCAAUAUUCCACGGCAGUCGUGCUCCGUAUUGGAUUCGGGAUCAAGAUCCAGGAGAAGGACGACCCUUAUGUCAAGAUGGCCAUCGAUGUCGAGGAGGCAACUGGCGAGGGCGGUGUCCCUGCCGCGACUGUCAUAGACUUCUUUCCCCCACUGCGACAUCUACCCUCCGCCCUUGCUCGGGUUAGCAGCCUGCUCAGCCCUCUCGUCCACGCCCGCCGCACCAAGCCAUCUAUCCAAAGUCUCCACGAUGCACCAUGGGAUGCCGUCGAGCCAUCGAUCAGGGCGGAAAAGGACAUGCAGCCCUCGUUCAUGCAUACCCACUUUGGACGCUAUCUGGCAAACGAAGCGAGCGGCAAGGCGAAUGAGGCCACCGUCGAGGACAUCAAGGGCGCGGCCGGUGCCAUCUCGAUCGCGGGGGGCAACACCACCUGGUCCACCAUCAUGGUCUGCAUCCUGAACCUGGUCCUCCACCCCGACGUCCAAGAGAGAGCCCGCGCCGAGAUCCUCGCGGCUAUUGGAGUGGACGAGAACGGCGACGUGCUCCGGCUCCCCACUUUCGACGACAGGCCGCAGCUCAAGUGGCUCGAGUACGUGAUCCAGGAGACGACCCGCUGGGCGCCUCUCUCGCCUCUGGGCGUCCCUCACGCGUCGGUGGCCGAGGACACGUACAAGGGCUACCGCAUCCCCGCCGGCUCGGUGGUCUAUGCCAACGCCUGGGCCAUGUCGAGGGACGAGCGGUACUACAAGUCUCCCGACGACUUUGCGCCCGAGCGGUACCUCCCCGUUGCCGAGGGCGGCAGAGGCGAGCCCCUGCCCGACGGGCCUUUUGGCUUCGGCAGGAGAGUCUGCCCGGGGCAGUACCUUGCGCUCUCGGGUGUUUACAUUUUGAUUGCGACUAUGCUGGCUACUAUGGAUCUCAAGUGUCCGGUAGACGAGGAAGGGAACGAGGUUAAGCCGCGCGUGGCUUUCACCAAUGGACUUAGUAAUGUUCCGGAUAGCUUUGGUUGUGUCAUCGUGCCGAGGUCGGAGCGGGCGAGGCAGCUUCUGGAAGGCGAUCAUCUAUUAUGA